AUUAAAACCACAAAUAAUAAUUUCCUAAAGAAAAAAAAACCAAGAUAAUUAUCAACAAAACAAAAAAGACCGCGUAUUCUCAUUUCCCAUCUCUCUACCAAGUCACCGUCUCUACCCCCCCCCCCCCCCCUCCACCCACCCACCCACCCACCCACCUAUUACUUCUCUACGAAACUUCUCAAUUGCCGACGCUGCGUUCACACCUCUCCCACACGUUUUCUCUCUCUCUCCCUCUCUUCAUUUCUCUCUCUAUAUCGACAUGUAUGUAUAUGCGUAUUGCAUAGUAUAUCACAUCGUAUUCGCCUCUGACUCCAAAACCCGAUUUCGUUAGCUUUGACAUUCGCUUCAGCGUUCACAUCUCCUCUCACGCAUUUCGUCAAACACCUUGACUAUAUCACCAACCCAUUUCUCUCACCCAAUUCCCACACCUCUCCUCUCGCCAUGAUCGAAAACAAGCUCCUCCAGCAGCGGAAGCGCCGCAAAACAGACGCCGCGAUCCACGGCGGCGCCGCCGCCGAUCCCAAGCACCAAAUGAAGACCAAAGGCCUGAGCGAGAUCAUCACCUCCCUCCUCCUCUUCGACGACCACGAGAAGCACGAGCUCGACGAGAUCGACAAAUCCGAUCACGACGAGAAGCUCCAAUUCGAGCAGAAUCACAUCAGCAAGCGCCGCGCCAUGGCGGAUUACUACUCCAGCCUCCAGUCCUCCCACGAGGACUCCGAGCGGAUCGAAAGCGCUCGGAAACGGAAGUCGAAGGCCGCCAACGCCGCCUUCGCCUCCGCCGCUGCAGAAGCGGUCGAGAAAAGUUUCUCGACUGCUUCUGCGGUGACAGACGAUAAAGAGAAAGAAAAAGAUGAAAAAACCGCGACGCCGGGCCCACAGCGGAGGCUGUGGGUGAAGAACCGGUCCAAGGACUGGUGGGACCAAUGCAGUGGCCCCGACUUCCCCGAUGCGGAAUUCAAGAAGGCAUUCCGCAUGGGGAAGCAGACCUUCGAGAUGAUCUGUAGCGAGCUGACCGCCGUCGUGGCCAAGGAGAACACCAUGCUCCGCGACGCGGUGCCCGUGAGGCAGCGCGUCGCGGUCUGCAUAUGGAGGCUGGCCACGGGGGAGCCCCUGCGGCUGGUCUCCAAGAAAUUCGGGUUGGGGAUUUCCACGUGUCACAAGCUAGUCCUCGAGGUCUGCUCCGCCAUCAGGAAUGUCCUGAUGCCGAAGUACCUCCGGUGGCCCGACGAGGCGGGCGUGAUCGGGAUGAAGCGCGAGUUCGAGGCGAUCUCGGGCAUCCCGAACGUGGUCGGGGCGAUGUACACCACGCACAUCCCGAUCAUCGCCCCGAAGAUCUCCGUGGCCGCCUACUUCAACAGGCGGCACACGGAGCGGAACCAGAAGACGUCCUACUCCAUCACGGUGCAGGGCGUGGUGGACCACCGGGGCGUCUUCAGCGACGUCUGCAUCGGCUAUCCGGGCUCGAUGAGCGACGAUCAAGUCCUCGAGAAAUCUACCCUGUAUCAGAGAGCCGGUGCCGGCUCCUACCAGGGCUCCUGGAUCGUUGGGGGGGGCGGGUACCCCCUAACGGACUGGGUGCUGGUGCCGUACACGCAGCAGAAUCUGACGUGGACGCAGCACGCCUUCAACGAGAAGGUCGGGGACGUGGCCGGGGUGGCGAGGGGGGCGUUCGCCCGGCUCAAGGGGCGGUGGGGGUGCCUGCAGAGGCGGACCGAGGUGAAGCUGCAGGACCUCCCCGUCGUGCUCGGGGCGUGCUGCGUGCUGCACAACAUCUGCGAGAUGAGGGGCGAGGAUCCGGAUCCGGAUCUCGACUUUGACCUCGUGGACGACGAGAUGGUCCCCGAGGUCGCCCUCAGGUCCGCCUCCGCGAUGAAGGCGAGGGACGCGAUUGCGCAUAAUCUCCUGCAUCAUAACCACGCCGGCACCUCGUUUCUGUCGUAGGCGAUGACGAAAAACGACUUAGCUCUGUUUUAGGCACAGGGGAAAAAUACAGCAAAGAAACGUAGUUUAGGAUUUAUUUAUUUGUAGCUCUAUCAAUUUACAAAUCUUAUUGUUUCAUUCCAUUGUUAUAUGAAGUUCGUGUUUUGUUCAAA